AUAAAAUUUGUUCCAACCUUCGGAAGCCGCUCCCGAGUCCGGACAUGGAUCUGUAGCUUUUUGACGCAUUUAGCAACGCAGAUGACAGGCUCCAUAGUUGUAAAUGUGCCAUUUCCUUGGGCAAUUGAACUCAGGUUUCGUUCUUACCUUCAUUCCAAUAAGAAUCGAUCAUCAUCAUCUGCGCAUUUUCUCUGCUCUCUCACACGGCCUCCAAUUUCUCGCCUUAUCAAAGCUACUGCUGCGUCGUCCAUGGAGGUUGAGGAAGGUGGAAGAUCUGCAGCUGUUGGCAGCACAGCUUCGCCCAUGAAGCUCUUGUUCGUCGAGAUGGGUGUCGGAUACGAUCAACAUGGCCAAGAUGUCACGGCAGCUGCUAUGCGGGCCUGCAGGGAUGCCAUAUCUUCCAAUUCGAUUCCAGCAUUCCGUAGAGGUUCCAUUCCUGGAGUCACAUUUGAUCAGAUGAAACUUCAGAUCAAACUUGGAGUACCACAGACACUUCAACAAUCCUUGGAUAUUGAAAAAGUCAAGUCUGUCUUCCCAUAUGGAAAGAUUCUGAAUGUUGAGGUCGUUGAUGGUGGCUUAAUAUGCUCCAGCGGUGUGCACGUGGAAGAAAUGGGAGACAAAAAUGAUGACUGUUAUAUAGUAAAUGCUGCUGUAUAUGUUGGCUAUUAAUUUUUGUGCCUCAUAUUCCUCUUCCGGAGAUCUUAACUCUUAAGGGUUAUUCACCCCUCCCCACAAACCACUGAACAGUGUAUGCAUGCUCGAGGAGCUUAGUCAUCUAUGAUUGUGAUUAUACUGUAAGCUAAGCUUGAUGAAUACUUCGACAUUUCAGUUUCCUUGGAGAUAUUGAGAGAACCACAGGGUUAUUUCCUGUAUUGAUUAA